AUGGCAGCAUCGGCCAUUCAGACCGUUCGUUCCAACGGCAUCAUCCAUGGACUCCCUACUUAUAGCGACAGGCCCGAACGCAAAGGACUGACAGCACUUGUCACAGGAGCCAAUGGCAUUUCAGGAUACCACAUGGUGAAAGUCCUCAGUGCAGCUCCGGAGAGAUGGUCCAAAAUCUACUGCGCUUCACGUCGUCCACCUCCCGACUAUUUUUUCUCUGAAUUGGGGGAAGGUGCAAGUCGUGUAAAGCAUGUUGAAGCCGACUUUCUAUCGACUCCAGCCAGCCUUGCAGAGACAUUGAAGAAGAUCCCACACGUUGACUAUGUCUUCUUUUUCUCCUACAUGCAGCCACAACAAAAAGGAAAUGUAUUGGGCAUGUGGUCCAACGCCGACGAAUUGGCAAAGGUCAACGCCGAUCUCCUAGCCAACUUCCUCGGUGGGUUGAAGUUGGCAGGUUUAAAACCUCAAAGGGUUCUGCUUCAAACCGGUGCUAAACAUUACGGAUUUCACAUUGGGCCUGCCACAAGCCCAUCCUUUGAGAGUGACCCAAGAGUAACCCUGGAAAACAACUUUUACUACCCACAGGAGGACCUUCUGUUCGAUUAUUGCCGCGAGACAGGGACUCAAUGGAACGUCGUCCGCCCUUCGUACAUUAUCGGGGCAGUUCGAGACAAUCUUCUGAACCACAUGGUUGGACUGGCCGCCUACGCGGCAAUCCAGGCACAUAUGGGCCAACCUGUCCAUUUCCCCGGUGACUAUGUUGCCUGGGAUCGGGAAUAUUGCCAAAGUUCAGCCCUGCUUAAUGCGUACCUGGAAGAAUGGGCUGUUUUGAACCCGGAGGCUGCGAACGAGGCAUUCAACGCCCAAGAUGGCCUUCCUUUCACAUGGGGACGGCUCUGGCCAUAUCUCGGAGCAUGGUAUGGGACGACGUGGACACCUCCUGAGAGUGAUGCUUCGAAAUAUCAGGAGUUCACGUCUCGUUGGAGAGAGACGCCCCGAGGGUAUGGCCCACAAGGCGUCACACGAUCUACAUUCAGUCUUCUCGACUGGUCUGGACGUGACGACGUGGUCAAGGCCUGGGAAGAACUCUCAGACAAGUAUGGCCUGCGAUUUGACCCGUUCAAAGAUCGUGCCCAAGUCUUCGGUAUGACUGAUUCGGCUAUUAUUGGAGGAUGGGCACUCUCCUUGAGCAUGAGGAAGGCAAGGAAAAUGGGCUGGCAUGGCUGUGUGGACUCGUAUGAGUCUAUGUUCCACACGAUUCGUGAUUUGGCGAGGUUGAAGGUCAUUCCGCCGAUGAAGAUGACCGAAUUCGUUGAAUGA